CUAAAAAAAAAAUUAAAAAAAAUCACUUCUCACUACUUUGGAUGCUGUUGUAGCUUUUCUCUCUGUGUCCGUACAUAUUCUGAUCAUUUAAGUUUGCAGCUAUUUUUACUGAUUUUUGUAUCUGGGUUUUCUUGAAAAUGGAAGCUGCUGCACAAUCACCACUUGUUGGUUCCGAAAUUCAUGGCUUUUAUACUAUGCAAGAUUUAGAUGUGCCCACCAUGUUUGAGGAAGCCAAAACAAGAUGGCUCCGGCCAAAUGAGAUCCAUGCGAUGCUUUGUAACCAUAAGUAUUUCCCCAUUCAUGUGAAGCCGAUGAAUAAGCCAAAAAGUGGCACCAUCGUCCUAUUUGACCGUAAGAUGCUCAGAAAUUUCCGAAGGGAUGGCCAUAAUUGGAAAAAGAAGAAUGAUGGAAAAACUGUCAAAGAAGCUCAUGAGCAUUUGAAAGUUGGUAACGACGAAAGGAUUCAUGUGUAUUAUGCACAUGGUGAUGGUGACUCAACCCUUGUUCGCAGAUGUUACUGGCUUCUUGAUAAGAAACUGGAACAUAUUGUUCUUGUUCAUUAUCGUGACACUCAGGAGUUACAAGGCUCCCCGACUAUUGAAUCAAACUCUAGCUCAGACCUCCCCAAUCCAUAUAAUUUGUCAGAAGAAAAUGAUGGGGUUGAUCAGAGUUAUUAUGCUGAGCCUCAUGGGACUAUAAUAAAUUAUCAGAUGAGACUUCAUGAACUUAACACGCUUGAAUGGGAUGAGCUUGUGGUACCAGCUGACACCAACAAGUUAGUCAUACCUGAAGGAGGAAACAUAUCAUACUUUGAUCAAGAUGACCAAUGUGAACUAAAAGGACUUGUAGAUACUAUGUUACAUGGAAAUGGUACUAGCUUACAGAAUAACUCUACCUUUGUGCAUGAAUUAUCAACGGAUCGUCAAUCUGCAAAUUUACAGUUGGACCCCGGGCUCCUAAAUGGUAGCAUUAGUGUUUUAGACAAUGUGGGAAAUGAUGGUUUGAAGAAUCAAGAUAGUUUUGGAAGAUGGAUGAACUAUGCCUUGACCGAUUCUUCUGUGAUAGUUGAUCCAGCUCUGACCCCAGAGCCAACUGGUUAUGAUCAUCAGUCACAUUCCUUGGAGCAAAUAUUCACUAUAACUGAAGUGUCGCCUUCAUGGGCUUCAUCAAGUGAAGAUACAAAGAUCUUAGUUGUUGGAGUAUUUCAUCAAGAGAAGCUACGCUUGGCUAACUCCAACUUGUUUUGUGUCUGUGGAGAUGUUUCUGUUCCUAUUGAAGUCAUCCAACCUGGUGUACUCCGGUGUCUUGUUUCUCCUCACAGCCCAGGAAUAGUCAACCUUUUCAUUAGUUUUGAUGGCCAGAAACCUAUAAGUCAGCUUAUUGCAUUCGAAUACCGUGCUCCAUCUGUGCAAACUGUAACAGUUUCUUCUGAAGAAAAGUCUGACUGGGAAGAUUUCCAAGUUACAAUGAGAUUGGGGCAUUUGCUAUUUUCUACAUCUAGGAGCCUUAAUAUCUUAUCCAAUAAAGUACCGCCAAAGACCCUAAAAGAAGCCAAAAUAUUUUCCCACAAAACCCGAUCCAUUGUUGAUAGGUGGGAUUUUCUGAUAAGUUCAAUCACAGGGAAAAAAAUAUCUUUCCCACAGGCCAAAAAUAGCUUAUUGGAGCUAACAUUAGAGAACAGACUACUUGAAUGGCUGUUGGAAAGAAUACUAGAGGGAGGUAAGAUCCCGGAACAUGAUGAUGAAGGUCAAGGAGUAAUUCAUUUGUGUGCCAUAUUAGAUUACACUUGGGCUAUAUUUCCAUACUCAUGGUCAGGCUUAUCAAUCGAUUUUCGGGACAAAUUUGGAUGGACGGCUCUUCAUUGGGCAGCUCAUUUAGGGAGGCAAAAGUUCGUCGCGUCUCUUCUAUCUGCAGGGGCAAAUCCAACUUUGGUGACUCACCCCACUUCAGAAAACCCUGGUGGCUGCACUCCUGCUGAUCUGGCAUCGAAGAGUGGUUACGAGGGGUUGGCUGCUUUUCUUGCAGAAAAAGCAUUGUUAGCGCACUUUCAAGCAAUGACGAUAGCUGGAAAUGUUAGUGGCUCAUUGCAGUGCACUAUCCCGACUGAUGAUGAUUCUAUCUCAAAUGUUCCUGGGACUAAUAUCAGUGAAGAAGACCAAUAUUUAAAGGAUACCCUGUCAGCUUAUAGGCGAGCUGCUGAUGCUGCUGCCCGUAUACAGGCUGCAUUUAGGGAGCAGUCAUUUAAAUUGAAGUCAAAAGCUGCGGAGUUUGACAAUACAGAAGAGGAAGCACGAUGUAUAAUAGCGGCUAUGAGGAUUCAGCAUGCUUUUCGCAAGCAUGAGACAAAGAAACAAAUGAAAGCUGCUGUACAUAUACAACAUAGGUUUCGUACUUGGAAAAUAAGAAAAGAUUUUCUGAAUAAGCGACGUCAAGCAAUAAAAAUUCAAGCAUAUUUCCGUGGUUUUCAAGUACGGAGGCAGUAUAAGAAGAUAGUAUGGUCGGUAGGAGUGUUGGAGAAAGCAAUUAUUCGUUGGCGCCUUAAACGAAAAGGUUUUCGAGGUCUCCAAGUCGCCCCAAAUAAUGAUGAUGGGGAAGAUGAGAAGGAAGGAAGCAUUGCUGAUGAAAGCUUCUUCCAGGCCAGUAGGAAGCAAGCCGAAGAGCGUGUGGAGAGAUCAAUUGUUCGGGUCCAAGCCAUGUUUAGAUCAAAAAGAGCUCAAGAAGAAUAUAGAAAGAUGAAGCUCGCACUUAGCCAAGCAUCGCUGGAGUAUGGAGAGCUUGAUAAUCCUGCUACAAACAUGGAACGAUAGAAGUCAUAAUGCUCUGAUAUGACAUGAUCGUGUUUCAGACAGUUGUAAAUCUUGUAAAUGCCUAGAUUAAGGUAGGUAUUUUCAGAUUUCAACUAUUGGUUUUAUCGACUUUUUAGUGGAACCAGUAGUUACUAAUCUGAAAGAGGGAUUCAUAUUAGUGUGAAUGGGAGAUUGUAAUUGGAAGUCUGAAAAUGGCCAUUAAACUAGCUGUCCUUGUAAUCAUAUACAUGGACAUAAAUGGCAAGAUUGUAACCAUAUUUGGUCUCUUAGCUUCAAGCCGAGUUCAAAUAAACAUCUACGUUUACCUCGGGCAAGAGAGUAAGUGUCGGCUGAAGAACAAUAUCCAGUUCAGGGAAGGACCUGUAUGUAUUUAUGCAUGUUAUAUGAAGUAUUACAAGUUUUUAGCA